AUGCUUUCCUUGAGUCCGUCCAUCGGAAUCAUUGAGGUCAUGAAAAUUAUUGCUGUUUUCAUUAUCGGCUUCAUUGCCAUGAUGGCCCUAGUAGCCUACCUCACCCGUGGUCUCCAACUCCUCCUCGGCUCAUCAAAGCGCGCCAUCACCGAACGCGCAGAAGAAAUGGGCAACGAAACCGACGAGAUUCCCCUUUCAGACACCCCUCCACGCGGCGACUCCGUCCCGGGAUCGCGAACCAUAUCUGCUGCUCCGUCGUCAUUGUCCCUCAAUGCCCUCGCGCCGCCGCCGCAGUCGCUCAACGCAUCACACAACUUCCUACCCGCAGCAAGCUCAUCCACCAGGCCGGCGGAAACAGAGAACGAAGGAGACAAUACUCCACAGAACCCUUCACUUCCGCUGCAAGCCCCUGUACCAAUGACCCGAGCUCAACUCUGGGCGGCAUGGAUUUGCGGUCAUUUGAAUUGGGUCAUCUACGCAUCCCUCUUCACCUUUGUUGGCUUGCCUCUAUACUAUGCCAUCGGCUACGCCAUGCCCCUUCAUCUGAGUCUUGUCUUGCUCAUCUAUUUCGCCGCCAUGUCGAUCCCCGCGCACUGGCGACAGUACCUCCACCCAGUGCUCGUUUGUUCCCUGUUCUCGGUCCUUGGGAUCUGGGCCCUCGCCGCCAUCAGAGGCGACAGCCUUCCUGAUACCCUCCGAUCUUUCCGGACGGGCUCCAACUACACUUACCUCUGGCUCCACACAAACUCUGGUCGUCUGCCUGGCGCCGGCGAUAUCUUCAGUACCGUUCUCGACGCGGGCAUCGUGUCCCUUGCGUUGCCGAUGUACCAGUACCGCCGCGAGCUGAAGCAGAACUUUGUGGCAAUCGUGCUGCCCAACAUUGUCAUGUCCAUCGGGUGCCUCUUCUCGUACCCCAAGAUCUGCUUUGCCAUUGGCAUCAGCGCGGAGCGGUCCCUGGCGUUUGCAUCCCGCAGUCUGACGCUCGCCUUGGCGAUCCCCGCAACGGAGAACCUAGGAGGCGACCUCAACACAGUCGCCGCCUUGGCAAUCAUGAGCGGCAUAGCUGGGGUGCUUUGUGGCCAGCGUAUGAUGGCUUGGUUGAGGAUACCUGAAGGUAAGAACUUUCGACGGGAUAGGUUAUAA